UUGUAGGGUAAUUGUCAACUUGUCUUAGCAACGAAGAUUACUCCUUUACACCUUCUUCAUAACUUCUUCUCUUUGGCUACUCCUAUAUAUACAUCGCUACUUUCGAAAAAAUACAUAUAUAUAUUUGCUGCUUUCUUGGAGCCCCAAAAUCUUUAUAGUAAUAAGGACAAACCCCAAGAUUUUUCUUGAAUCAAUCGACCAACCAAAAAAAAGAAUGGAGUUUUAUGCAUACCCAUCUCGUGCUUUGCCUUCAUCAUCCUCUGUUUCUAAUUUUUCAAUCGGAGAUUUGGUUGAAAGGGUUAAAUAUUGUUUUAGCUUUGCCGUAUCUACGAUCGUCGGCAAUGUAUUCUCUGCAAUUUUCACCUUUUUCUUUGCACUAGUGGGAACCUUAUUAGGAGCAAUGACUGGAGCUUUGAUAGGCCAGGAGACAGAAAGUGGAUUUGUUAGAGGUGCUGCAGUUGGUGCCAUAUCUGGUGCUGUUUUCUCUCUUGAAGUCUUUGAAUCAUCUCUAUUACUAUGGCACUCUGAUGAAUCUGGAAUUGGAUGUCUUCUUUACUUGAUUGAUGUAAUCGCGAGCCUAUUAAGUGGUAGACUAGUUCGUGAGCGGAUUGGUCCUGCAAUGCUAAGUGCAGUACAAAGUCAGAUGGGAGCCAUUGAUACUGCAUACGACGAGUUCCCUAACAUUUUCGAUGUAGGCGGGGCAAAGGGUUUACCUGGAGAUUCUGUUGAAAAGAUACCUAAGAUUGUAAUUACUAAUGAUAAUGAUGUGGAUGAUUCUGGAGAGAGAGUCUCCUGUUCAGUCUGCCUACAGGACUUUCAACGUGGAGAGACUGCUAGAUGUUUACCACAAUGUCAUCACAUGUUUCACCUUCCGUGCAUCGAUACAUGGCUCUUGAGACAUGGAUCUUGUCCAUUGUGCAGAAGGGAUCUGUAGGUGACUGUACUCUGUAAAAUAUAACGCGGUUAUUUUAUUUCCUCAUACUUGGCUGUAGGAUUUCUCUAUUUCUUUGUCCUCGCUUGUACCAAUUUUCCUGAAAAUAUAAUGUAAAUUAGAGUUGGGCUCCUUUGAGCUUGAUCGUUGUAGUUGUUUA